AUGUCGUUCUUCUCUGUUCCUCGUAUGGCUACCAGGGUCUUCUCCAAGCCUCAAUUCCCGUCUAUUGUACGCUCGUCGGGACCCCGCCCCUACUCAACGAGACCAACCCCCAAAGACGCGCCACAGAUGAGCCGCUCGCAAUUCAAGAUCCUCCCACUCAUCGCCCUCCUCGCAAUCAGCUCAGGAUCCUACGUCUUCCUCGUGAAGUCCCGCACAGGCCAGAACCCCAAACCCAACUAG